UGCUGCCGUCAGAUCCGUGAGGCUAGAGCACCGGCAGUUUACGCAGUGGCCUCGAAGCUGUAACAACGUCGCGUCCGCUCCGCUCCGAUCCGAUCCGCUCUGAAAACGUAUUCUUGGUUCUGGUUGUGGCUCUUUCGUCUGAGCCACGAUUGCCGUCGUUCUUGGCCCAAACGUGUUAUCACGACACGCGUACGCGUCGCUCUUGAUAAGGGUCCCACAGUACGAAAAUCCGCAACAUCUCUACCAUCCAUACAGCCGACGGCAGAGUGAACUAUUAUCGAAUGUGCUAAUCAAAUGAAAAUGUUGCAAACGCUCGCAAAUUGAUCCAUCGGAAACAUCGGUUUUUUUUUAUAGCAGCAGCAUAUUAUAUAAGAAUUAUUUUAUGAAGUCAGUGACAACUGUUGGACGCUUGACAAACACUGAUCAAGUCGUCCUAAGAUCUACUCUUUAAGAUCUGAACUCCGCACUCUAAGGUCCAGUUCGACUAAAGCUGGCUAAAGAAUUUUGUGCAAAAGACUUGGAUUAAAAACCGCCAAAAUUGUGGAGGCAAUUAAAAUGAAGACUGAGCUGCGUUCCUGCGCAGCGUGUGGCGAACCAAUCUCGGAUCGAUUCUUUCUCGAGGUUGGCGGCUGCUCGUGGCACGCCCAUUGCCUGAGAUGCUGCAUGUGCAUGUGCCCCUUGGACCGCCAGCAGUCGUGCUUCAUCCGGGAAAGGCAGGUCUACUGCAAGGCCGACUACAGCAAAAAUUUUGGCGCCAAAUGCUCGAAAUGCUGUCGCGGCAUCUCCGCCUCGGACUGGGUGAGACGUGCCAGGGAUUUGGUCUUUCAUCUGGCCUGCUUUGCCUGCGAUCAGUGCGGACGCCAGUUGUCCACCGGGGAACAGUUUGCCCUCAUGGAUGACCGGGUGCUUUGCAAGGCUCAUUAUCUGGAAACGGUCGAGGGUGGCACCACCUCAAGUGACGAAGGCUGUGACGGUGAUGGCUAUCACAAGAGUAAAACGAAACGUGUGCGCACCACCUUCACCGAGGAGCAAUUGCAAGUGCUGCAGGCCAACUUCCAGAUUGACAGUAAUCCGGAUGGCCAGGAUUUGGAGCGCAUUGCAUCGGUGACCGGUCUGAGCAAGCGUGUGACGCAAGUGUGGUUCCAGAAUUCGCGUGCGCGUCAGAAAAAACACAUACAUGCUGGUAAGAAUAAAAUACGCGAACCGGAAGGAAGCUCAUUUGCGCGUCAUAUUAACCUGCAGUUAACGUAUUCAUUUCAGAAUAACGCACAGAAUCCAAUGCAUAUGAACGGCUCUAAAGCGGGUCUAUACCCGACGCACGAAUCCUCCAUGGAUGAGAUGUCGCAGGACUCGAGUGUGCAUUGCAUGCCCAGCGAGGUGUGACUAGAGCAGUCCUCGCCAGCACGAGCCCAUC